AUGUCGCAUAUAUUUAAUGCAUUAUCCAAUAGCAUAGGUAGUGACACACACUCAACAACAUCAGAAAUAUCACACUAUCAGAAUGAACAACAUCAACAAUACCAACAACAAUUUGACCCUAACAGACCAGUAUUGACAUUAGAUAUGACAACAGCAAAACUAAUGUACCAAACAAACCAAGAAAUGUCAAGUUAUAUACAACAAAUAGCAAAUGAACCUACAAUUGGUUUAUUUCAUGUUCAAGAUCAUAUAAGAAGAAAUAUACCUAAAAAUAUUAAUUUAAAAAACAAUAUAAAAGAUUUAGGGGAUAAAAUAGAAGAGAAAUCAUUCGAUAUAGAUUACAGUACUAAAACUAUUCAAUCAUUUAAAGAGAUUGAAACUUUUUCAAAUAUUUCAAAUUUAUUACAAGCAUCAAUUGAAAAAGCAAAUAAACUAGUAAACAAUAAAUCUUUAUUAUUUGUAAAUUCUCAAACUUUGCCAUCUUCAUCAUCAAAAACAUUUUCAUCAUAUAAAAAUCCAAAUAUUGUAAAUACUCCAACCAAAUCCAAUAAUAUAAAUAAUAAUAAUAAUAAUAAUAUAAAUAAUGAUAAUAUAAAUAAUGAUAAUAUAAAUAAUAAUAAUAAUAAUAAUAAUAGUAAUAAUAAUAAAAAUGAUCAAGAAGAACUUUAA